AUUCCAUUAUAAAAACAGGUAAGUCUCAACAUUUCAAGCCAACACUACCAUUUCACUUAUAAAUUUUCUAAGGCAUCAUCUAUAGUUUACCCUAAGAUUCUUAGUCUAAGAGUAAGAGAGAAUAUGUCUCAGAGAAGAGGCAGUGCAUCUAUGAACAUGGCCACUGUGAUAAUUUCACUGCUCUGCCUUUUGGUUCUGGCUCAAAGUGCUAAUGCUGCAACCUACACUGUUGGAGGACCUGGUGGAUGGACCUAUAACACUGAUACUUGGCCUAAUGGAAAAAAGUUUAGAGCUGGUGAUGUGCUAAUCUUUAACUAUGAUUCAACGACACACAACGUGGUUGCGGUCGAUAAAAGCGGACACAACAGCUGCAAGGCGACGGGAGGUGCUAAAGUGUUCAGUUCAGGGAAAGACCAAAUCAGGCUAGCAAGAGGGCAGAACUACUUCAUAUGCAGCAUUCCUGGUCACUGCCAAUCUGGGAUGAAGGUUUCCAUCAUUGCAGUCUAGUGUGUGUUCAAGCUAUAAGUGACUGCAGUAAUUAGUUAAUUAAUUAAAUUAAUGGUCAAUUAGCUAGUGGUCUUGAUCUCGUUAAUUACCAAAAAUAACAAUAUUAUGCUACUAGUUAUUUGUAUGUUAAUUUGUUCAAUUAUGUAUGUAUGUGUAAAGGGAGUGUUUGGUGAGGUGGCUUUCUAUAUAUAACUUGUCUGUUUGCUAUGUUUGUUUGUGUGGUGUGCUGUGAGAAUAAAUAUAUUAUAGAGAUAUUUAAAAUCCAUAGUCACGGACUCUUGUUUGCAGUAAUUUGGAUCUGCAUAUAUAUUGUAUAUUAUUGUGAAAUUAUUAAAAUCAAUAGUGUUUUUAUACUA